AGAAGACACAAUUGAGAAGCAGGAAGCUCAGGCACAGUUUAUACGAGAAGCAUUUCUCAUUAAGCGACCAACCGAGCCAUCCGAAUCUGGGUUCAAACAACAAGUGAAAUCUAGUGCGAAAAUGGGUGAGAAGCUACUCAAGUGGCUUUAGAUCAGUUGUACAAGAAUGGCUGUGUCUGUUCAUCUUGCACCGAAGCUCUUCCCUCUUGUCAUUUCCAGGUCAGGGAAGAAUAGAUUGAGACCCAAUAAAGAGUAUAAAAUGCACUCCAUGUGUGCCCUACCUUCUCAAGGAGCUUCAUCAACUCGCCGACUUGUAGUAUAUGGGGGUGCUUCUGUCCUUGCGGUUCUAGCCACAAACUAUGGGCUAGCGACAUUGCCUGUUUUGGCAGACGACAAGUCGAAUGGUGAAGAGGAGAAGUAUGGAAUUUUUGGUGCUAUCCAGUCGCUGCUCGAAGCCAAAACAAAAACAAAGUCUGGAAGAGUGUUGCCGAAGGCAUAUCUGAAGUCUGCAAAAGAAGUUGUGAAGACGCUGCGGGAAUCACUGCAGGAAGAUCCCAAGGAUAAUGCUAAGUUUAGACGGACUGCAGAUGCAGCAAAGGAAUCUAUUCGAGAGUACUUGAGCAAUUGGAGGGGACAGCCAACGGUGUCUCAAGAGGAAUCUUAUGUUGAGUUAGAGAAAGCAAUAAGAUCACUGGCCGGCUUUUACUCAAAGGCAGGACCUUCUGCCCCAUUGCCUGCAGAAGUCAAGUCUGAAAUAUUGAAUGAUUUGGAUACAGCUGAAGAGUUUCUGUGAGACAUCACUUGUAAUGAGAAACUAACCUCAAGUUUUUGAUGCUUGCAUGCAUUCUUCUAGUCCAAGAACAGACUCGAACCCACUACCAUUCCCCAUUCAUUCAGUGAUAUUUGUUAAGGGUAUUACCACUUUUGCUCCGACUUGUAGAUAAUCUGAGUACUCCUUAUGAGCAGUCAUAUAUGACAUGUAUACCAGAAAAAUUUAGUAGUAGCC